UAUUACGUCGUAGAUAUCAUUGAGUUGAGUUGUUUUUCAUUCGCUUUGCGAGUCUGUCAAAAGUCAGGAAGAUAAAUUUUGUACAGUUGUUUGUUGUUUAGCUUGACAGACGUAUCCUGAAACAAAUUGUUAAUUGGUUCCAGAUUACCAACCCAGUUGCAUGAGUAAUGACGAUUUUUUUGUAACACUUCAAUCAGUGAGAUAUUUGCAAGAUGAUUCAGUGGUUUCUGGGGGCUGCUGCAUUAGUCGCCAUUUUCUAUUACUUCUAUAUUAAACCAUGGAACUACUGGAGAGAACGAGGUGUCAAACAAGAAGGUCAUCCAAUUCAGCUGUAUAUCGAUAGCAGGAGACAAGCAAUUAUAAAGAAUAAUGUUUUGGAUAGAAUUGUUGGGUAUUAUAACCAAUUUCAGGGUACAAGAUAUCAUGGGAUCUAUCAUAUGUCUGCACCUACCUUGGUAAUAAAAGAUCCAGAACUUUUGAGAAGAAUCACUGUUAAAGAUUUUGAUCACUUCACCAAUCACAGAAACUUUAUUCCAGAGGAGGCUGAUCCAUUAUUUGGCAAAAAUUUAUUUUUUUCAAAAGGUCAACAAUGGCGAAAAAUGCGACCUAUUCUCAGUCCAUCGUUCACCAGUAGCAAAAUGCGAACAACGUUUGUUCUGAUUUCGAAAUGCACCGAGGACUUUGUCAAUCAUUUUCUCAAGAAAGAUGAGAAAUGUAUAGAAAUAGAAAUGAAAGAUGCUUUUACCCGUUUUACUAACGAUGUUAUAGCCACCUCUGCCUUUGGUGUGGAAGUCAAUUCACUUAAAGAACCAGAUAAUGAAUUUUAUUCGAUGGGGAAAAAGUUAACUGAUGUUAAAAAUUCCGGAAUAUUAUUCAAGUACAUAGGAUAUCCAUUGGUUCCAAAACUUAUAAAGUAUCUAGGGCUAACAUACAUGAAUCCAACAGCUAACAGAUUCUUCUGCGAUCUGGUUGAUAAUACCAUGCAAGUCCGGGAGAAGAACAAUAUAAUACGACCUGAUAUGAUUCAUUUAUUGAUGGAAGCGAGAAAAGGAGAACAUCAAAAAGAGGAAAACACAGUCAUAGAUACAGGAUUUGCCACAGCUAAGGAAGCUGACUUAGGUGAGCAUUGGAUAUUUGUAUCAUAUUCACCAGAAUGAAAAACUUAAUGUUAUCACCUGAAACAAAUAAUAAAUCUCAAAAAUAUA